AUGGAUUUGACGCAAAAUCCAAACGAUACCGAAUGCAUAUGCUCGGAUUUGCAGCAUCAAGACUAUUCAUUUUCAUAUGCCUGGCAUGUUAUUUUGCGUUUUACAACGUUUAAUUAUAUUACAAUUAUUAUCUUACUACCAUCAAUAUCAGUAUUUGGUGUUGUAUCAAAUAUUGUCAAUAUUUUUAUCUAUUCUCGAAAAAGAAUGCGCUGUUCAUCCAAUACCUAUUUGUUAUUUCUUUCAUGCAGUGAUUUUCUGGUUAUUUUAUCAGGUCUGUUCAUUUUCUGGAUUGACUCUGCUAGAUCAUAUAUUCCAGAAUUAUCCCGUGCACCUUAUACAACUGUUUACGUUUUACCAUUUGGAUAUAUGGCACAAACAUGCAGCAUUUAUUUCACCGUUGCUGCUGCGGUUGAUUGUUAUGUUAAUAUUUGCUGGAAGAAUUUAAGCACAAAUUAUUGUACGAUUAGUCGAGCGCGAACCAUAAAUACUUAUAUUAUAAUUAGCUCAAUAAUUUACAACUCAUUGCGCUUUCCACAAUUCAACUUGAGAAAUUGCUUACACAGUGGUUCAAAGGAAAUAAUCGUCGAAAUUUGCCCCACAGCAUUGUUUUUUGCAGUGAACACAAUUUACAAUGUUUAUAUGUAUAUGGUAUUGAUGACCUUAUUACCUUUCUUUUUUUUAUCAGUUUUGAAUACAAUUAUUGUAUUUUCAUCGAAAUCGCAGGAAAUUAGCAAGUAA